AUGGAUACUAAUGACAAGGUGGUUUCUCUUUCAAGUGGAAUUUCACAGGAAUUUGUCCUCUUGCAAUGUCAGAACCAUAGCAGUUGCAGUAUGGAUGGCUACAUCAAUGAAGGACACAGUAUUUCCGUAUCAGAGCACACAAUGUAUUCUGAAACCUCCACAGAAGCUAAUGAAAAAUGUAACGUGGAAGAAAACAAGUCGAGUAUCUUUUUAGCAUUGGCACAAUUCAUUAUGAAUCAGAGCUAUACCAUUCCACUGAUUACUAUGAUGGUUUGGAGUAUCACUUACAGCAGCUGGCUAACUUUUGUUCUGCUAAUCUGGUCCUGUAUAAUUUGGAUGGUACCCAACUGUCAGCUCUGUGCCUUGCUCAGCUCACCCUUUCUUGUCACCUAUGGAAAUGUGCUGGUGACUCUUAAUUUUGUUGUGGGACUGAAUCUUUCACAGGAUGAAUUAUUUCCAGGGGUUGCAACUUCAUUACUCAUUGACUUGGAUUUGAAACCUAAUUCUCUUCCCUGUGUCCAUCUGGGAGCCAAGAUUUUAUAUCAGCUUACCUUCUGGUUGUUGUUGAAGCAGUAUGUGAAGCAAAGACAGAAGCAAGAAGAGGAGGGUUCUCUCAAAGAAGUGAUAGUAUAUCAAACUGAAGUGGACACACAGCACAACCUGUUUCUGGAUAUACUUGGUUCUAUACUUAAGAGGAUGCUAGUAAAAUACUGGAUUUACUUCUGUUCCAUCAUGUUCUUUAUUGUCAGCUUCAGUGGCAAAGUGGUCCUAUAUAAAAUUCUCUACGUUAUCCUUUUUCUGUUCUGUGUGGCUUUGUACCAGAUUCAUUAUGAGAGCUGGCGACGAGUCCUGAAGGGGUUUUGGCUAAUAGUUGUCUCCUAUUCGAUGGUAGUCCUCAUUGCUAUAUAUGCCUACCAGUUUGAGAUGGUUUCUGCAUUUUUCCUAGAAACUUUGGAAAUAUCAGAGGAAAGAUUAAAAGAUUUGGGUCUUGAGCGGUUCAGCAUAACGGAGCUCUUUGCAAAGAUUAUGUUACCCUUUGCCUUUCUUCUGGCUUGUAUCCUUCAGCUACAUUAUUUCAAUGAAGAUUUCCUGAAGAUCACAGAUCUGACCAAUAUUUCUGUGAGUCCGUCUUCUUCAUCUGGCAGGUAUUAUGUGCAGACUAUUCAAUUAGAAAAGAGGAAUACCUGGGCAGAAGUGGUUGACAAUUUAGCACUUUGUCUUCUGAAGAUCAUAGCAAUGGCUCAGGACCUGCAGGUGUUUGCAUGGAGAUUUCUGGAGCUGCACAUCCUUAAGAUUGUAUCUACUUGGAUUAUCUGGAUCACAAUUCAAGAGGUGUGUUUGAUGAACUUCGUUUUCGUUAUUGUGUGGGCAUUUGCUAUUCCUUAUUCCAAACUUCGUCCCCAUGCCUCAAGAAUCUGUGUGUUUUGGUCUUGUGUGAUGGUCAUCUGUAAAAUGCUAUACCAGCUGAAAUUUGUCAAGCCCUGGAAUUAUUCCUCAAACUGCACUCAGGACCUGCAUUUGAAUAUGACUUACCACUCUACCAAUGUUGAUGAGUUGUUGGAGAAAUCACCCUUAUACAUGGCACCAAUUGACCCAGCACUCUGGAUUGGAGGGCUGUUGAAGUGCAAUGACAAUAUUCGUCUUUAUCUACAGAAUCAUCUCACCAUCCUGAUUCUAAUGGCUUUAGAAGCAACAGUGUAUCACCACCAAUAUUUUUACUGGACUCAAAAUCAACUCUUGCCACCAGUCACAGGGAGCCUUUUUAGUAAUAUUGCCUGGGAGAACUUGGAUGAUGGGCUACUCAACUGCAUCAAAUACUUUCUCAACUACAGUUUUUACAAAUUUGGACUGGAGAUAUGCUUUGUGGCUGCAGUUACUGUGAUUGGGCAGCGCAUGGACUUCUAUGCGCUUAUCCAUGCAAGUUGGCUGAGUUAUCUGUUGAGCUACCGUCAGAGGAAAGCAGUGGCCAAAGUCUGGCCCAAAUACUGUUUCUUUCUUGCCAGCAUUGUGAGCUUUCAGUAUCUACUUUGUAUUGGUCUCCCACCUGCUCUGUGCCAAGAUUAUCCAUGGAGAAAUUCCUACUGGUUGCUCCAUUCAAAUAUGAUUAAGUGGCUUUAUCUGCCUGAUUUUGCUGAGAGACCCAAUACAAAUUUUCUCCUGUAUGACUUCCUUCUUCUGCUUUUUGCCUCCCUCCAAUGGCAAGUUUUUGAAGAUGAGGAUGAGCCUCUAGUCAAGCUGCAAGCUGGAGAUAACACAGAGAUUAAUCAAAAUUUGGGCCCAGCAGAUCUCAGGGAAUUCAGUCGGGUACCAAACUUUAUCCAUUGCAGAACUUAUUUGGAUCUGAUGAAAGUGAUUAUAUUCAGGUACCUGUUCUGGAUUGUCCUUUGCCUGAUUUUUGUGACUGGGACAGCCAGGAUCAGCAUCUUCUGUGUUGGCUACUUCAUCGCCUGCUUCUACUUCAUGCGCUUUGGACAAAGCCUUCAGCUGAAGCCCAUCAGAGACAUUCUUAGACGAUGGGAUUACUUGAUUGCAUACACUACUUUGGUCAUAACGGCAAAGAACCUUCUUGCUAUUGGAGCAUGUGCAUACCUUAAUAAAUUACAAAUAAAUCAUUGUUGGCUAAUUCAGAUCUUUGCUAUGUACUGCACGAUACCAGGAUAUGAAAUAGAUCCACCUAGGAAUGAGAUAUGUGAAUUGCCCAAGAAUGAAGCAGGAAUCAUGUGGGAUGCAAUAUGUUUCACAUUCUUGCUGAUCCAGAGAAGAGUUUUUAUGAGCUACUAUUACCUCUACAUUGUGACAGAUCUCAAGGCUGCAAAGGUCUUAGCCUCCAGAACAGCUGAGAUGUUUGAGUUGAAACUGAAAAAAAAGGUGAUUUCUCGGGUGGAAGAAAAUAGAAAAUCAGUGGAAAUCAUGAAAAGGCAGGUGGACCUGAUUAAACCAAAAUUAAAAAAACAAAGUUCCUUGGAGAAAAAUGUGCUAGAAGCAGAGUCUGAUCAGAAAUUGGAAGAAGAGGAGGAUCCAGAAGAUGAUACCAGCAAGAUGGAAAAAGAGAACAAAAAGACUUGGUGGCAGCCAUGGGUGACACACACUUCAGUGAUUCGAAGUGGGAGCUAUUGCCUUUUUGAGACAGAUAGUGAAGAAGAAGAAAAAGAAGAAAAGGAACAUGGAUACUCUGAAAAGAACAAAAAAGAAUCCUUUAAAAAGAAAACAGCUUUGCAGCUUGUGUAUGAAGCCUGGAUGAGCAGUUCAAAAUCAGCUCUAAGAAUGAGAGGGCAAAAUGAAAUCAGGAUUCAAAGAAAGGAAAAGGAGGAGGAGGAGGAGAAAAAACAUGAACAACUGGCAGGGGGUAGAAGAGAAGGUAUUGUGCAAAGAAUAAUCAACAUUAUCAAGCUUAUCUUGGUACUGCUGCACGCAUUGAUCGAUGAUAUUACAGAAGCACUGAAUUCCCUGUUUAAAGAUAACCUAGACAUAGCUGAUGUGUUGAGAAUAGAAAAGUGCAUUCUUUGGCAACAGAUUAACAAGGGAAAUGAGGUUUCAGCAGAUAUGGUUCUACAGCAUUACAGAUUUGAGAAUAAUCAGCCAGUUUAUGGAGAAAAUAAAGCCAAAGAAGUAGAAAUCAGGGAAAGCCAAGGCAAAGGACGUAAAUCUCUACCCAUCGAGAAUACCGAGCCAUCAUGUGUGCAUCUCAGGAGAUCCAGUGAACCUGCCAAAGGGGCAGUGAGGACUGAGAAGGUAGAAGAAGGGAAUGAUAAAGAAGCCUGCUCCCAAGGAUUCAGUCCGAUCUCUUCCUGUGCAGAACCUGCCAAUCUUUCCAGCUCUCCAUCAGAAAUUCAAGAAUCUGCAGAUUCCUUGUUCACUAGAAGUCAAAAAGCUGGCAAGCCGUUGGGUGAAAUUUCUGCUAUGAUGACAGCCAGUGAGCUGCUGCUUAACAGCACUCUUCAUGACAAUGAGCUGGAACAGUCAGAUAAAUUUUACCAGUGCCUUCCUUGCCCCUUGAAGCUGGGACUUGCUUUGUACCAUGCUAUGGUCUCUACAUCAGAAAUGCUAUGUUAUUUUGUUAUCAUUCUCAACCACAUGGUCUCUGCUUCCAUUCUUACUUUGGUUCUCCCCAUCUUGAUAUUCCUGUGGCCCAUGCUGUCCAUUCCAAGGCCUACCAAAUUCUUCUGGAUUACAGCAAUCAUUUACACUGAGAUAACGACUGUGAUCAAAUGUAUUUCCCAGCUUGGCUUCUUUCCUUGGUCAUCUAAGCCAUAUUGUAGUAUCAGUGCAGAAGCACCAUUUGCUUUGCCAAAUAUAGCUGGGAUUGAGAAGAAAGAUGGAUAUGCACAGUAUGAUCUGGUGCAGCUCCUGGCCUUGUUCUUCCACAGGUACAUCUUGAAGUACCAUGGGCUCUGGGAUUCCAGCACACGAGAUCCUAAACAAAAGGACAUGAUCAAGAGAGCUAAGAAGAAAAGUUGCAAAGGUCAUUUGAAGGAACAUCAGCCUAGCUCAAGAGGACAGCAUCUCUCCAGGAACAUCUUCAAGAGGGCUAAUCGAGACAAUCCUCUGAAAGAAGACCAGAAGAUGUGGAGGCUUUUCAGAAAACCUCCCCCUGGCAAGAAGAGACUUUCCAAAGAAACAAUAAACCAGAAGAUACAUAAGGCAAAAAAGUUGCUGAUUAAAAUUGUGUUUUGGAUUUAUCGGCCUAUCAAGCAGUUCUUCUACGACAUCAUUUAUCCCGAGUGCAGCCCAGUCUGUGAUGUUUAUGCUUUCAUGUUCAUCGCGGAUGUGAUUAAUUUUAUUAUUGUCAUCCUUGGCUAUGGGGCUUUUGGGAGGCAUUCAGACGCUGCUGACAUCACAGAAUCCCUUUCAGAAGACAAAGUCCCUGGAUCUUGGCUUGCGAUGCUCUUGAUGCACUUCGGAGUCAUGAUAAUUGAUAGGGCACUCUACCUAAGAAGGAACAAGUUUGGGAAGUGUGUCCUUCAAGUGAUCCUGGUCUUUGGCAUUCAUAUCUGGAUGUGUUUCAUUUUGCCAGGAGUAACACAAAGGAGAUUCAACAGAAAUACAGUGGCUCAGCUGUGGUACUUGGUCAAGUGCAUUUAUUUUGGUCUGUCUGCAUAUCAGAUCAAAUGUGGCUACCCCAAGCGGAUCACGGGCAACUUUUUGACUAAGAGUUACAACUAUAUAAACCUCUACCUAUUCCAAGGAUUUCGUGUAGUACCUUUUCUGACUGAGCUGAAGGCUGCCAUAGACUGGGUCUGGACUGAUACUACACUCAGCCUGUCCAGUUGGAUCUGCUUGGAGGAUAUUUAUGCAAAUAUUUUCAUCUUAAAAUGUCAGAGAGAAUGUGAAAAAAAAUACCCCCAACCUCCUGGGCAGAAGAAGAAACCAAUUCUGAAGUAUGGGAUGGGUGGCUUCACUAUCUUUUUACUUAUUCUCAUUGUGUGGUUCCCACUUCUUCUUAUGUCACUGAAAUCUGUGGCAGGUGUGACCAACCACCCGCUGGAUGUUUCCGUCAAAAUCAGCAUCAGUGGUUAUGAGUCCUUGUUCACCAUGAGUGCUCAGCAACAAAAUCUGGUUCCUUUCACUCGUGCAGCAUAUAAUCAACUCGCUGCUCAAUAUGCUCUCUAUCCUUCUGCCUCAGACUUUAUAGAUGGCUACAGUCCAGAGGACAUUGUAAUUGCUAAAAUAAAAGGCAAUGCCAGUCUGCUCUGGAGUAUCAGCCCAGGGAGUCGGAAAAUGAUGAUAGCAGAGCUCUCCAAUUCCUCUGCAAUCUAUGUCAACUUCCAGUGGACUCUUCUCAGGAAUGCGUCUCUUGUGAAGAAUAUUGAAGCAUCUGGCACACAUAUCAUGCGAUACAAAGAGAAGGAAAUAAGGGAUCAAAUCAUUCACAUGCUCUCUGGGACCCGGACUGAACCAAUUCUACUUCCUGGUGUUCUACCAAGAUAUCUGAGAGCAACUAAUGGGGCAGACGCUAAAAUGGCAUAUAGCUUGAAAGUUGUUCAUUCCCAGAAGUUACAAGACAUCGAUGCAAUGGCAUUCUUCAGAAAUAUAACCAUAAAGCUGCAGCACCUGCCAGACAAGGAGCCUUCAAGCCAAGUUUCUGAAUGGUGGACUGUUGAAGAGCAGAAGCCUGCCUGUUUGGAUAAUGGAUGCAGCAAGAAUAUGGAGAUUAUAAUUUGUAAUGAUAAAGUCAAUCCUUCCAGCCUGGGGUUCUUCACUGCAUAUGGCAUUGCCGGCCUCUAUAUGUCCUUUGUUUUGGUCAUUGGGAAAUUCAUCCGAGAGUUUUUCAAUGGACUCUCACGCUCCAUUAUGUUCGAAGAACUGCCCAACGUGGACCGCAUCCUGAAGCUGUGCAGAGAAAUCUUCCUGGCAAGAGAGGCUGGGGAAUUGGAGCUAGAAGAGCAGCUCUUUGCUAAACUGAUCUUCCUGUACAGAUCACCUGAAACUAUGAUCAAAUGGACCAGAGAACGCAAGGAAAAGUGAAAGCAGGCGAGAAUGGGAGAUUGCCACAAAGGAAAACUAGGAGAAAAAUCACUACCUGCACUUGGGAGAUGAGUGUCACUCCACAGGACAUCAAGACAAUGUUCUUUUGAUUUAUUGGAUAUUUAAUCUGCA